CAGCGGUAUUGGUUAUUGAAUAUUGGAUAUCCCAUGCUCGAUGUAUCCACUCGCUUAGCAGAUAUUUCUUGGUCGCACUACUUUAAAAUAUCGCAAGCAGAUCCCGACGAACAUUCAUACACUGUAUUGGCAACCAGUGAUUCAGUAUAAAGUGUAUAUGUUCAAAGAUUUGUUCAGUAUAUUUCUCCCGAAAAGAAAACAGAAGUUUAUGAUUCACUAGCGGAAAAAAUAAAUCCGGUAUUCUGCCUUUUGCUUGUCACCUCUCUCAAACGCAUGUUAAAUAAUGUUCAGAACCAGGGCAAACUUCAUCCUUAUCUCAGUCCCAAAAUCCCUCACUCAGCUACGAACUGUAUCCAAUGAUUCAAUCUAUAGAAGAGUAGGAGGACUCGCUAAUGCGAUUCUCAGUCCUACAAAAAUCAAAGUGUUUCUAGGUACUGUUUCGUGUGGAAUUUUCGGAGCAGUGUACAUUUCAAAAUAUAAGAAACCCAAAGUCAUUACGUUAGAGGAGCUUGCAAAGCAUAACUGUAAGGAAACUGGAGUUUGGAUCUCUUUUAAGGGAAAAGUAUAUGAUGUUACCGAAUUUGUUGAUGAUCAUCCUGGAGGUGACAAAAUCCUAUUGGCUGCGGGGUCUGAUGUCUCACCUUUUUGGUCCAUAUAUGGCUUUCAUUACCAAGAUCAUGUUUUAAAACUACUCAAUCAAUACUACAUUGGAGAAUUGGAAGAAUUGGAUUACCAGAGUGAAGAUGACAGUGAUAGCAUUUACGGUACUGAUCCACCACGAGACGUAUUGCUAAAAAUAGUUACAAAACGCCCUUUCAAUGCUGAAACGUCAGUUUCAUUGGUAAGCGACAACCCGAUCACUCCAACGGAACUAUUUUUUGUAAGAAAUCACCUUCCCGUACCUGUGGUUGAUCCUGAGACAUACAGAUUAGAAGUAAUAUCUCCCGUUCUGAAAGCUGACAAUCAGUCAUUGAAAAUAUCACUUAAAUUAGAAGAUAUUCUAAAAAAUUAUCCUCAGAAAAGUUUGGUUUCUACAAUUGUUUGCGCUGGCAACCGACGAGGAGACAUGAUAAAAUUUGAUGUUGGAAAAGCCAAACUAGAAAAUCGCAGCCCGUAUGUGAAAGGUUUAUCUUGGUCUGAAGGAGCAAUUUCAACAGCAGAAUGGACUGGUGUACCUUUAGUCGACUUACUAGCCUACCACCUACUACCAGAAAAUCAAAGAAAAGAUUAUCAGAGACUUUAUGAAAUGCUUAAAGGGGCAGGUGUACGUCAUAUUCGAUUUGAUGGUUUAGAUAUAGAUCCCACUGGUGGAGUUUUUGGUUCAUCAUUGCCAAUUGAUCUGGCUUUGGAUCCAAAAAGAGAAAUAAUCGUUGCAUUCGAGAUGAACAGAAAGCCGUUGACUAGAGACCAUGGCUUUCCCCUAAGAAUUAUUAUACCUGGAUCUAUUGGAGCACGUCAAGUUAAAUGGUUAUCUAGAAUUACGUUAUCAACAGAUGAAAGUGAAAGCUUUUGGCAACAAGGCGAUUACAAAUAUGUUCUACCAAUGGCUGAUGGUCACAUUCCUGACAUGAAACGUCUUCCAGCCAUUUUGGAUUACCCAGUUCAAUCAGUCAUUUGUACACCAUCGAACGGUCAGAUUAUCAAAAAUACUGGUACUAUAAAGCUAUCUGGGUAUGCAUUUAGUGGAGGCGGCCGUGGAAUUAUUUCCGUUCGUGUUUCUUCAGAUAAUGGGAAGUCUUGGUAUGAUGCUAAGUUGACACCAGUAAGUCCACCUACCAGCGAUGAUGAAAACGGCCUGGAUAAUAAUUCUCCUGGAAAAAAUCGAAGUGUAAAGCAGUGGGCGUGGACAAUUUGGUCAGUAGAAAUUCCUAUCCCUAGUAAGUUUUUCAAGUAUCUUGUUAAUCGGAUGAUGGUAUUACAGUGUUAUGCAUAAAUAUAUAGAGAAAAAUGACAGCCUUUCUUAAAUGCACAUAUUUUGAAACUUACUUCCCACAUGAAGAAUGCAUAAACGUUGAAUGCUAAGAAUUGAAAGAAAGUAUCCCACAUAAAAAGAUUGAAGAGUUAGCUGUGAAGAAAUUGUGUGACAUACACAAGUUGAAGGCGAAUAUUCUUCUAAUAGUAACUCUUAUUCACUAAUUGACCACAGGUUUUGUUAAGUUGUACCAGGGUUAAGUAUGUGCGCAUACUUGUAGACUUCAUAUACUACAAAAUAUACCCGUCUCAUAUAACUGCGUGCGUGUUUCAUACUUUAGUUGCUUAGAUUUUGCAAGUUUGAUAGUAGUACAGUGCUUACUCUCUUCAACGUUCACUACCAGAAAUCCACGUUCGUAAUCAUUUAAAACAGCAUGAAAACUACACUGAGCACAAAGGUAUAACUCUUUAUACUUUAUCCUGCUUUAGUUCAGUUUGCAAGUAUAUUGUGUUAUUUUUACGCAUGAGUUCUAUGGUUAUAGAGACAAACCAUCUUUUUUGGUUGAAGGAUAACUUAAUCUUUGUACUAAACACCUAUUUGUUCAGAACGUGUUGCUAUAAUAAUUCAUUCUUACUUCCUGUUAGCAUCACUGGCUGUUAUAUGAUGCCUUUGCUUUCAGCUGUCUCAUAUACUUAAACAGUAUUUGUCAUCCACAAACUUGGUGUAGAAAUCAAAUAAACUCACUUAUCAAAAGGUGGUCUGUGUUGGCGAUUACAAAUAAGAACACAUUUUAAUCACAAAAUAUUGUAAAUGAAUGGGUGUUAAUACAAAGUUGAUUUUUAAUCUCACAUAUUUAGUUUGUCUAUAUAAUCCGCCUACCUGCAAUUUAAAAGGAUGUUGAACAGGGUGUGUGAUGAGGCUUAACUUAUUUUGUAUUGUGCUGUUUCUGUGUUGCCAUACCCUAUUAGCCUUUCAAGGAUUACUUUUAGAAUUAUAUACUAUAUGUACUUAAACUUGUCUUAGCUAUAAAGUAUGGACGUAAACGUUAACUUCGCGUAAGGUAAGUAUACUUGACUAUUUUUUUUUAUUUUUUUUAUUUCCACAUAACUUACUUUUCACUGAAUAUGAAGUAUAAUCAAUGAAAAUGGAGGUGAAAUCUACAAAAAAUCAUUUUUAGCAGUAAAAGGAAAUCUAGUUAACAGUUGUGUACCUAAUAUUUCAAUUCCAUGUGCACCAUUUUCUUACAUAGCUUACUCAAUUCUGAUGAAAUGCGUAUUUCAUUCAACAAAUAAUAAGCCACUGACCUGUGACAGUUCAUCCACAAAUUAGAAACGUGAUAUCUACGUUUGUAAGUCAAACUAAGUCCUAGAGAAGCUGUAGCGGUCCAUUGAAAUCCAUUUUUAGGCUGCUAGAGGUAGAUGAGACUGUUAAUGAAUGAACUUUUUAAGCUCAGGUUAUCUGAUAAUUACGCAUCUCAAGAACCACAGAGAUACUGUGAUCAACAUAGUUUACUCAAUAUUUUAAUGAUUUUUACUUAUGUGUUAUGAAUAUCGUGCUCCUUGAUUUCAUUUUUCAGAGGAUAUUCACGAAAUGGAGUUU